UUCGCCAAACAGCUAGUGGCCACUGUCUUUAACUACCACGCUUUGGAGAACGACAACCAGCUCCUGAAAAUUCUCAGCAACAAGCACCUGAUGGGAGACGGGUUGACAGGCUUGAGCAAGUCAAUGCUGAAGCACCUGCAGAACCUGAUGCUCUCCAAGGUGGGCCAGGGGGCGCAGGGCGAAUGGCAAGUGGCCGGGCUGUUCGAGUACUCCUACAACCUGUUGUUCAGAGCCGGCUACCUGGCCCUGUUCGGGGUGGAGGCAACCGACGAGCAGGGGGAGCAGUCCGCCAAGGAGGCGGACAUUAUAGGCUCGGAGGAGCUCUUCACCCAGUUCAGGAAGUACGACCAGCUCUUCCCGAUCCUGGCCUAUUCCAUAGAAUCCCCCAAGCAGUGGCUGCAAGCCAAGAGGCUCAAGAGUUUUUUCUGGGACUUGCUCUCAAUCAAGAAGAUGUACACCAAGGUGAAUAUCAGCUCCUGGAUCGAAGAGCGUCAGCGGCAGAUGGACGAGUAUGGAGUGGACCACAUCAUGCAGAACAGAUACAUGUUUAUUCUGCUCUGGGCUUCCCAGGGAAACACAGGACCCUCCUCGUUCUGGCUGCUCCUCUUCCUGCUCAAGCACCCCGAAGCCUUGCGCGCAGUGCGGGCUGAGGUGGACCAGUUGGUGAGGGAGUCGGGGCAGGAACCUGGGACUGAACUCAAUCUGGGCAAGCUGGCCAAGGACAUACAGCUCGGGUUGCCCACUCUGGACAGCGCCAUCGAUGAGAACCUGCGGCUGACGACUGCCCCCGUCCUGAUCCGUUCCGUGGUCAAGGCCAUGAUGCUGAAGAUGGCGGACGGGAGGGAGUACGCUUUGAGGAAGGGCGACCGACUGGCUCUGUUCCCUUACCUCUCCGCCCACAUUAACCCCGAGAUCCACCCGGAGCCCGGCACCUUCAGGUACGACCGUUUCCUGAACCCGGACGGGACCAAGAAGACCCUCUUUUACAAAGGCGGGCAGAAGGUCAACUAUUACAACAUGCCGUGGGGGUCCGGGGUCAGUAUGUGCCCCGGCAGGUUCUUUGCCAUGAACGAGCUCAAGCAGUUUAUCUUCCUGAUGUUAAGCCUCUUUGACAUCGAGCUGGUGAAUCCCGACGAGGAGAUCCCCGAGAUCGACUGCAAGCGUUGGGGUUUUGGGGCCAUGCAGCCCACCCGGGAGGUACAGUUCCGAUAUCGCUUCAGAUUCUAACCCGGGUCCAUUUACGUUAUUUUUUUUUCCCCCCGGUCCUUUUUCCGCUCGCUUUCUGCUCGAUCGCACGGCAAAGUCUUUUUUCGGCACACUUCCCAGCUUUCUCGAAGCUCUAUAUUUUUAAAAGCCAAGAGGCCAACCUGGUUGCGGUUGCUCGGCCGCGAUAAAGAUCCGCUGAUGCUGUUCGAAAAAAUACAGAGAAGCGAGUCGUCUGGCCGCAAAUCCCUUCCCCAGAUAACUUUUUAAUCGUGCACUACGACGGCUGUUUCUUUGGCCACCAUUCCUAUGCUUCCAUAUUCCUCCACAUUACUUGUCAGACCGCUUUGCACCACAAAGGUUCAUCGAAGAGCAACGGAUCUGUGUGUAGGAUACGAAUGAACCCCUUAACGCUUUCCGAAUCCCAUCGCGGAACGGUUUUCCCAAAACGUGCGACAACAUCACCAGCAAGCGACGGAGUAGAAGGGCAGGAGAAGAUCGGACAGGUAAAGAGGGAGUUGGAUGAAUUUGCUUUGCGAGGCUGGGUUACAUUUGGAAUCGUUCUGCUGGGAGGGAGAUAACGAGGCAGUUGGGUGAUGAGGGAGUUGGAGCAUUUCAACUCGGGGGGGUGGGGGGGGGGGGGGACCAGAAAGGAGGGCAUUGUUUUAAGUCUAUGUGGAAUGCAACAAGUACUGGUCCCAAAGACCUCAGUUUUAUGAAUGUCUCAUUCGAGUGCACAAGACGACACUUGACUCCACACACCUCCUCCUCAACGGUACUCCAUUUGUUGCUGUUGCUGAUGUUGUUGCUCCUGCACUGGAGAGCCAGCCGAGCGAUGACCUAAAGGUUUCCGACCGAGGCUACAACACUCUACGCUUAACUCCUCAGUGAGCUCUCCAUUCGUUCAGCCCGGCUCGCCACGCUAUUCGACACGUUCAGAGUCUUGAGAUGAAAUAAAUGGUCCUGGCUUGCUUAAACCAAACGGUGUGGUUCUCAAUAAAUGCUCUUUAAUGAUG